UUUUGCUACAAAUAACGGCAUGGAGGAAAUCAUCAAUCGGAUUCAGAAAGAAGUUGACGAACAGAACAGGGAAGAAGAGAAGCAAGCAAAGGAGAAGAAGUUAAAAGAGGUUCCUAAAUUUGACAAAGAUAAUCUAUUCACUAUAAACUUCGGAGGCAUUGAAAACUCUAUUAGGUACUUAUUAGAGAAAGUUGAGAAGCUUACUGCCCAAGUCUCCAAAGCAGAGAAGGACAUCAAGUCCAGAGCCUACGUAGUCGACAAGUUGCACAAGGAAGGAACCGAGAGAGAUGACAAAGUCAAGGAAAUGGAAAAAUAAAAUCGUUGAUCUUGAGAACAAGUCUGUAGAUUUGGAAAAUAAAAGCUUUGAGUUUAAUGCCAAAUUUGAAAGCUUCAUGAUGAACUACCAAAUACAGAACAGAACUAUUUCUGGUGUAAAGGACCGUAUCGAUGAAAUUGAGGAGACUUUGGAGAAGUUUGAAGGUGAGAAAGGUAAAGGGAAAAAUGCAUUUUCAGGUGGAAAUACCUCCAAACCUAAUGACUUGGAAAAUUCCCAACAGAUCUCAACAAUCGUAGAUAGGUUAGAUGGAAAUGACAAACUUAUUGACAGCCUGAUCUCAAAAGUUCAGAAAAUUAAUUCAAAAUUUAAUAAUAAAGUAAAGACGCCCCAAUUUAGCGAGAGCAGUGAAAUUAGCCAAAGCAAAAUUGGGAAUAAAAUUAAGAAUCUUGAGAAAGAAAUUGAGGACUUGAGAUGCUCCAUUCCUAUUAAUACUGCUGCAUCAAAUGAUGGGACCACUCACAGCUCUAUUAACCAGAACUUAAAGAUCAAAUUAGAUCAUUUUAGACAAGAUUUGGAUCAAACUAAGAGCACUGUACUUUCUUUACAGCAAAUGGUGGAGGAAAAACCGGAUUAUGAUCAACUUCAAGAAAUUGAUAAAGUUGUGACUGACAAACUAAACGAUUGUAUAAAAGCUGUUCGAAGGCAAAUGUUCGAGAAAAGUGAGUCUACAAGAAGUCUCAAGAAACUUGAAAAACAACUACGAUCCCUCUACGAAGUACUAUAUGCUCAAGUAAGAGUGUCAGAAUCCGAAGAGGACCCUAUUGCGGAGUUUAAAUCGAAGGGUCAUCUUUCAAAGUAUCCGAUGUGGAAGAAGCCUCCAACUACGAAAAAGAUCAGAAUGAGAAGCCAUAACAAGGAUGGAACCAAUAUGAUGUCUAGCACUGGUGACAUAAAGACUUUCAAGUACUAUAACAUGGAACCUAUCCACGGUCAGUCCGAUUUCUAACACUCAAAAAACACUAUAACCACUCCAGAGUAAU